UGGGGGAGUGUGCGUGGAGACGUUGUAGUCUUAAUAAUCCGUUGCGUCCAGUUGGUGGGAAAUCCCCAUGUGGUUUCGCUCUAUAAAAAGUUUGGAUGAUCAGUGAGCCCCUGUAGUCGUGAUUGCACCGAAUAAGCGGGGGUCCGUGUCAACGUCAUUGUCCGUGGGCAGCAUCCUACAAGAGGACGCACGGAGCCGGUCAUUCACAGAGGCGCGCCCGCGCACGAAACACAGAGUGAACACACUGAGAGACAGAGAGAGAGAGACAGAGAGAGAGAGAGAGAGAGAGAGCACACGCCGCAGUGGGAACCACUGGGAAACACUGACGUCCUCCGUGGAUUGCAGCGGCACGAGUGGACAUUUUUACGUGUUGCUUCGUGAAUGAGGGGAAACGGGACUUUUUCCUCUUUUCUUUUUUUUUUAAUUUGGAGUGACAAAAGUCCACAGAUCGUACCGUAACCUGACUGCCCGUCCCGCUUUGUUUUGGUGAAGAUCACGCGUGUGAAGCAAACGUGGCAUGACAGGAGGAGUCGCGCGUCAACGACCCAAACAGCCACACACACAUGAUGGGCUUUUUGGUUUACGCAGAGCAAAGACGCACCGUUGGAUGCGUGAAGCGCGCGAUGGUGACAGGAGUUUAAUCUUGAAUGACUGGGAAUAAUAAUUCAAAAUAAAAGCUUUCAUGUGGAUAUUGCGAGGCGUGGAUGUGGAGGUGCUCCUCUCGAACUUUCAGAGGUUUUUAAAAUAAAAAAGUAGCUUUAACGUCAGUGAGUGUGUGGUUUUUUUGUCUUAUGCUUUUCCUGAAAAGCACCCAGACUGUAAUUUGUGACUGUAUGAGAAUAAAAAUGAGCUUCUAUAGUUUGGCGCUGUCCUGCUUGGUGGCGUGUUUCGUCUCCGUGCGCUGCGGCGGCUCCGUUACCGCGGCGGAGACGGCAAGCUCCGCUGCCCAGGAGUCGUGCGCGUCCUGCGGCCUCAGGGCGGGCGAUCAGUCGGAGCGGGUGAAUAUAGACUUCCUGGAGGCGGUGAAGAGGCACAUACUGAACCGGCUGCAGAUGAGGGACAGGCCAAACAUCACGCACCCGAUACCGAAGGCUGCGAUGGUGACCGCGCUGCGGAGGCUGCAUGCCGGGAAAGUGCGCGAAGAUGGCCGGGUGGAGAUCCCCAACUUUGAAGGACAGGCUGCCUUCAACAACGAGGUCCAGGCGGAGACCUCGGAGAUUAUCAGCUUUGCCGAAUCAGAUGGACAUGCAUCAGCCAAGUCCAGUCUGUACUUCCUCAUUUCCAACGAGGGCAACCAGAACCUGUUUGUGUCCCAGGCCAACCUCUGGCUCUAUUUCCGUGUGCUGCCGGCUGGUCCUGAGAAGGGCCUGCGGAGGAAAGUAACUGUCAAGGUCCUCUACCAGGAAGCUGGGGCUUCAAGCAGCACAGAGGGAAGCCCAGGAGGCGGCGGUGGUGGUGGUGGUGGGGAGGCAACAGGCCGCUGGACCCUGGUGGAGAAGCGGGUGGAUCUGAAGCGCAACGGCUGGCACACUUUCCCCCUCUCAGAGGCGGUGCGGGCCGUAUUUGGGAGAGGCAGCCGGAGGCAGGACCUCGAGAUCCACUGCGACGGCUGCGACACGGCCGGCGUGGUUCCGGUGCUGGUGGACCCAGGUGACCCGUCUCACCGGCCCUUCCUGGUGGUGCGUGCGCGGCAGGUGGAUGGAAAGCACCGCAUUCGCAAGCGGGGGCUGGAGUGUGACGGCACCAGUGGCGGGUUGUGCUGUCGGCAGCAAUUUUACAUAGACUUCCGUCUCAUCGGUUGGAAUGACUGGAUCAUUGCACCAGCUGGUUAUUAUGGUAACUACUGCGAAGGCAGCUGCCCGGCCUACAUGGCUGGAGUGCCCGGCUCGGAUUCUUCCUUCCACACAGCGGUAGUGAACCAGUACCGUAUGAGAGGGAUGAGCCCGGGCUCAGUCAACUCCUGCUGCAUCCCCACCAAGCUCAGUACUAUGUCCAUGCUCUACUUCGACGAUGAGUACAACAUCGUCAAGAGGGACGUGCCCAACAUGAUCGUGGAGGAGUGUGGUUGCGCUUGACCUCCACAUUGACCCUUCACUAUCUGAACUUGGUCUUUUGUACAAACAGGACGUUAUUGUACGGUACACAUAUACAUUAUAUCUAUACCUACUGUAUGUGCAAGCAACACACGCAUAAACAAACACUGGUGCAAUCCAGCAAACGCAAGUAUCGGUGUUGUGUUUGUCCGAGUGUGUGUAUUUAUCAGACUUGCUUCAGCAGUGGGAUGAGAAGGGAACAUUAUCACCAAAAUGAUAUUUUUUUUUUGCUCUAGUUUGCCAUU